UACUGGGUGCAUGUCUAACAGGACAGGCAGCGCAGUCAGUGAGGACCAGACAAACCAGCACAACUCGCAGCACGCGCUCCCACUUCCACCAGCCGCCAGUCAAAAUGAACCUCGAGCCGGUUGUCGUCGUCUCUGCUGCACGGACACCGAUAGGGUCCUUGAACGGUGCUCUGUCCACUGUACCUCUGCCUGAGCUUUGUUCGGUGGUGAUCAAGGACGUUCUAAAGCGGGCUGGGGUGAAGCCAGAGGAGGUCUCUGAGGUUAUCAUGGGACAUGUCCUAACAGCAGGUCAGGGGCAGAACCCGGCGCGGCAGGCCAGUGUCGGAGCAGGUAUCCCCUACCCUGUCCCGGCUUGGAGCUGCCAGAUGGUGUGUGGCUCUGGGCUGAAGGCUGUGUGUCUGGGAGCUCAGUCCAUCCAGACGGGAGAGUCCGCUGUGGUGGUGGCAGGCGGCAUGGAGAGUAUGAGCCGGGCUCCUCACACGCUGCCAAUGAGAGUCGGAGUGAGGAUGGGCGACGCCUCCCUGCAGGACUCCAUUGUGGCCGACGGCCUGUCAGACGCCUUCCACGGCUACCACAUGGGCAUCACAGCUGAGAAUGUGGCGAAGCAGUGGGAAGUCAGUCGGGAGGAGCAGGACCAGUUUGCUGUCCAGUCCCAGAACAAAACGGAGGCUGCGCAGAAAGCAGGACAUUUCGAUCAAGAGAUUGUCCCCGUCAUGGUGUCAUCCAGAAAAGGUCCCGUGGAGGUGAAGGUGGAUGAAUUUCCUCGCCACGGCAGCGACAUGAAUAGCAUGUCCAAACUCAGACCCUGCUUCAUUAAGGACAGCAGCGGCACCGUCACCCCCGGCAACUCCUCAGGUAUUAAUGAUGGCGCAGCAGUAACUCUCCUCAUGAGCCAAUCGGAGGCUGUGAGACGUGGCCUCAAACCCAUGGCCAGAAUCGUAACUUGGGCUCAAGCUGGCCUUGACCCGUCCAUCAUGGGAACUGGACCAAUACCAGCCAUCAGGAAGGCGGUUGAAAAGGCAGGCUGGCAGCUGGACCAAGUAGACUUAUUUGAGCUCAAUGAAGCGUUUUCCGCCCAGUCUAUUGUUGUGGUUAAGGAGCUUGGCCUGAAUUUAGACAAGGUGAAUGUGAGUGGUGGGGCCAUUGCGCUGGGCCAUCCCAUCGGUAUGUCCGGCUGCAGAGUGCUGGUGACCUUGUUGCACGCACUUCAGAGGACCGGCGGCCAUAAGGGCGUGGCUUCCCUCUGCAUUGGAGGAGGGAUGGGCAUCGCCAUGUGCGUGGAGAGGGACUAAGAUAAAAACCUAAUGCUGCGUAAUAAAUUGCAGUCGAUCACAUCUUCAAUGUUUAAGGGAUACUGAACUCACAUUGUUUGAUGUUUACAUUGCAGGACAGGGUUCUUCAAUCACUGGGCAAGAGGCACACGUGAUAAGACUUGUAAUUGUUGGAUCUUAUUUAACAGUAGCUGGCCAUUCUCACUGUGAAUUUAAAUUAAAUGAACCCUUCCUCAGGUUAGUGGUGUAGCAUGCACGUUGUUUAAAUAAUGUAAAUCUAGUGAAUACUAAUAGCUUUAAUAUGUUCUAAGUAAACACACCAUACUGUACUUUGUAAUUUUUGGCAGUCAAUGAACUCAUCCUUAAAAGUACCCGCUUUCAGUUGAAAGUAACAAUUGCAAAUGCAAGGCUUCAUAAGGCUUUGGAAGACAUGCUACCUUCUCUGUAGAUCAUUUUACUUGUGAUGAAUAUAUUUGAUAAAUGUUUCAAAUGCUCUGAUAUAAAUUGCUCAACAUUCCACUUUAUCUUAUGAAGCAGACAGCAGCUUUGAACUCAUGUUAUGCUAGCCUUCAUAUAAAUAAAGAAUUAUAAGCCAUA